UGGGGGGGGGGGGGGAGGGGGGGGGUUGUUGGUAUGGUGCUGGAUCUCAAUGUGGAGUCGCCCGGUGGGUCGGCGGCGACGUCGAGCUCGUCCACGCCGCCCGAGCGGGCUGCGGGUGCGGGUGCGGGUGGGGGUUUCCGGUUCGACCUGCUCGGCGGGAGCCCCGACGAGGACGGGUGCUCGCCGCCGGUCAUGACGCGCCAGCUCUUCCCUUCGCCGGCUGCGUCGGCCGCGGCGGGGGAUGGGUCGGCGCCUGCGGCGGCGGCUGGGGAGGGGUCCUGGCCGCGGCGCGCGGCGGAUCUCGGGGUGGCCCAGGGCCAGAGGUCCCCCGCCGGGUCCGCCGGCGGGAAGAAGAGCCGGCGCGGGCCGCGGUCGCGCAGCUCGCAGUACAGGGGCGUCACCUUCUACAGGAGGACCGGCCGCUGGGAGUCGCACAUCUGGGACUGCGGGAAGCAGGUCUACCUGGGUGGCUUCGAUACAGCUCAUGCUGCAGCGAGGGCCUAUGAUCGCGCGGCGAUCAAGUUCAGAGGCCUCGAUGCGGAUAUCAACUUUAAUCUGAAUGACUAUGAGGAUGACUUGAAGCAGAUGCGCAACUGGACCAAGGAGGAGUUUGUGCACAUCCUCCGACGCCAGAGCACAGGAUUUGCAAGGGGGAGCUCGAAGUACCGGGGUGUGACGCUGCACAAGUGCGGCCGGUGGGAAGCUCGGAUGGGUCAGCUGCUUGGCAAGAAGUACAUCUAUCUUGGAUUGUUUGACAGUGAAAUUGAGGCUGCAAGAGCAUAUGACAGGGCAGCUAUUCGCUUCAAUGGAAGGGAAGCUGUUACUAACUUUGAUCCUAGUUCCUAUGAUGGAGAUGUUCUACCUGAAACCGACAAUGAAGUGGUUGAUGGAGACAUCAUUGACUUAAAUCUGAGAAUUUCACAGCCUAAUGUUCAUGAUCUGAAAAGUGAUAGUACCCUAAAUGGGUUUCAGUUGCAUUGUGAUUCUCCUGAAGCUUCAAGUUCUGUCGUUACUCAGCCAAUAAGUCCUCAAUGGCCUGUGCAACCCCAGGGCACAUCGAUUGCAUCCCAGCAUCCACAUUUAUACGUGUCUCCUUGUCCGGGCUUCUUUGGGAACCUCAGGGAAGUACCUAUGGAGAAAAGACCUGAGUUGGGUCCCCAGACGUUCCCCACUUGGUCAUGGCAAAUGCAGGGCUCCCCUUUGCCAUUACUCCCUACUGCAGCAUCAUCAGGAUUCUCUACGGGCACCGUCGCCACCGCCGACGCCGCCCGCCUGCCCUCCUCCCGCCCCCAUCCAUUCGCUGGCCACCACCAGUUCUACUAUCCCCCGACCACCUGACUGCCUCCCAUUCAAGUGGAGGGUGGCGACUGACCGUGCAUCAAACGUCGCUUACCGGUAAUGGUUGCUGUUGUUCUUAUAGAGGGAUGCUCCAUAUGAUCACCCUCUCUAUAUUCCACCUGGUUAUGAUCAGAAUUCUCACGCUCAUGAUUCAUUUAUCUUCAUUUUUGAGUGCGAAACCACGAAUCGUGACUGUGCUACCAGGUAAUCACCCUUGUACCUGUUGACUCUACAAUAAAAUUAAUGUAAGCUAAGUGAUGAUUGGCCAUGCCUACUGUAUUUUACAGAGUUAUAAUUUGAACAGUGGGCACUAAGCUGGGGCCCACUUGCAGCAGUGUCUAGUGGAGCGAAGCUUUGCCCUUUUCUUGCUAUCCAGCAACUAUUCCUCCUCCUGCCUCCAUUGCUGACAGUGGAGAUAGAGCUUCCCAGUGGCCACUGUUCCACUGUACUCUGUCAUAGUUUCUGAUCACCCCUAUUG